UUGAGUACAGUCGGUGCUGGUCGCCAAAUAAGGCAACAUUUGCCAAAUACGGAAUUCUAUUAAACACAUAUUGCAUUAAACACAGUCCUGUGCAGUGCUACUCUGAGUGCAGAUUGAGUCCUGACGCAAAGUUAAAAAAAAAUUAUAACUUAAAACAAAGAAGGAAAUUCAAUACAUUUUAAUUAACAAUUUCAAGUGAAGUAAAGAAAGCAGUGCUUUCGAAAAUAUUUAAAAUAUUCAAAGAAAAAAUUAUUUAAUUAUCCAGUUCGUGUUAGUGUGUCGUGUUUUCAAGGAUCUGCAAAUUAAAAGACAUAUUUAUUAAUACACACGUGUAAAAAAUACAAGUUAAAAACUCAAAGCAAAAACACUCGUAGCAAAAAAAAAUUUUCAUAUCAAAGAAUCGUUUGUAAUUUUUGCGCCGCCUUAAAAUGCCAUCAACAACUUUGGGUAAACAGGAUGACCUCUCUUUGGUCAUUGAUGAAGAACUCGCUUUGCAACUGGCCGAAUCGCAAGUCGAUAAAGGCGAAGAUGUCCUGGCGAACCGUUUGGAGGAUAUUAGCGUGCAUUUGAAGCAAUUGAAUCAUCUCAAUCAAUAUAUGCAACUAACUGAAGAGCUGAAUGAACACAAGAAAAAUGAUGCAGGUCCAUCAACAUCAAAGGGCUGCCCGAUAAUGCACAUGCAACGCCCAAUUCGUUUGAAGAAUAUUGAAGGAAAACCGGAAGUGUAUGACAAAUUGCAUUUGAAAGGACAAGAGAAUUUAUCUUGCUCUAAAUCAACAUGUAUGAGCAGUGUUAUGGGAUUCUACACGGCUUCUUUAGAGCCUCGUCCACAAGAAGAGGUUCUCGACCAAGCUAAGGACUUUCUGGAGCAAUAUUUUACUUCAAUGAAAAAAGGAUCUAGUCCACGCCAUGAGGCUCGCUGGAGGGAGGUGCAGAAGAGUAUUGAAGCAACUGGCGAAUAUCAGUUGACCGAGGCUGAAUUAACUUUUGGUGCGAAGGCGGCUUGGCGUAAUGCAUCCCGUUGUAUUGGACGCAUUCAGUGGUCAAAAUUGAAGGUAUUUGAUUGUCGGCAUGUGACCACCACAAAGGGCAUGUUUGAGGUCUUGUGUAAUCAUAUCAAAUACGGCACGAACAAGGGUAACAUUCGUUCUGCCAUUACGAUUUUCCCCCAACGUACGGACGGCCUUCACGAUUAUCGCAUUUGGAAUAGCCAACUCAUUUCCUAUGCUGGUUAUAGGCAGAGCGACGGUUCGAUUGUUGGUGAUCCCAUUAAUGUAGAAUUCACUGAUGUCUGCUUGAAGUUGGGUUGGAAGAGCAAAGGCACUGAAUGGGAUAUUCUGCCUCUGGUAGUUUCCGUUAAUGGUGAAGACCCGGAAUUAUUCGAAUACCCAGCUGAUUUGAUAUUACAAGUACCCUUCUCUCAUCCAAAGUACGAGUGGUUCGCCGAACUCGGUUUGCGUUGGUAUGCUCUACCAGCUGUCUCAUCCAUGAUGUUUGAUGUGGGCGGCAUUCAAUUUACCGCAGCCGCAUUCAGCGGUUGGUACAUGUCCACGGAAAUCGGUUGCCGUAACUUGUGUGAUUCAAAUCGACGUAACGUGUUGGAGACCGUUGCCAAUAAAAUGGAACUUGACACACGCACAACUUCUUCUUUGUGGAAAGAUAAAGCAUUGGUUGAGGUCAAUUUGGCCGUAUUGCACUCAUUCCAAAGUCGAAAUAUUACUAUUUUGGAUCAUCACACUGCAAGUGAAAAUUUCAUGAAACAUUUCGAAAACGAAUCCAAAACACGCAACGGUUGUCCGGCUGAUUGGAUUUGGAUUGUUCCACCACUAUCCGGUUCUGUGACACCCGUUUACCAUCAAGAAUUCGCACUGUACUAUUUGAGGCCAUCAUUCGAAUAUCAACAUCCUGCUUGGCGGGUGCAUGUGUGGGAGAAAGAGCGUGGCGAAAUCAAACCCAGACGCAAAUUCAACUUUAAGCAAAUUGCAAGAGCUGUCAUCUUCACAUCCAUUCUAUACACGCGUGCUUUGGCCAAACGUAUUAAAGCCACCGUCUUGUAUGCCACUGAGACCGGCAAAUCUGAACAAUAUGCCAAGCAACUAUCUGAGUUGCUGGGACACGCCUUCAAUACACAAAUCCACUGCAUGGCAGAUUACGAUAUUUCCAAAAUAGAGCACGAGUCACUCUUCCUAGUGGUUGCCUCCACAUUUGGUAAUGGCGACCCACCAGAGAAUGGCGAGCUCUUCUCUCAAGAUUUGUACGACCUCCGUGAGAAUACAGCAACUAACAAGGACGGAGGCUUUGAUGUUACUUCGUCUAAAUACCAAAAUUUAAAUAUUGAUGAACUUAAGAAAUCGGAGCCAUUGAAGAAACUACGUUUCGCCGUUUUCGCACUUGGAUCCACGACCUAUCCGAAUUUCUGCGCUUUUGGCAUUUAUCUAGACAAAAUUCUUGGUGAACUUGGUGGGGAACGACUUUUUGAGGUCACCUGUGGUGACGAGAUGUGUGGACAAGAGCAAACAUUCCGAAAAUGGGCACCAGAAGUUUUUAAGUCCGCUUGUCAGACAUUUAAUUUAGAUUAUGCAGAGGGAUUGUCUGAUGCCUUCCACGACGACACACUUACAGCGAGUACUGUGCGUAUGGUGCCAUCGCAGCGCGAAGGUACCGUCGAACAAUUACUUUCUAAGUACCACAACAAGAAAGUACAGCGCUAUAAGAUGAAAUCAGCACCACGCAAUCUUACCAAACUUGCGGAUGAUGAGAAGCCUACUAUUUUGGUUGAAAUUUAUGCUCCCGGCUUGGAUUAUGAACCAGGUGACCAUGUUGGUAUUUUCCCUGCGAAUCGCACUGAUAUCGUAAAUGGCGUGUUGAAGCGCCUUACCGGCUUCGAGGAUCCCGAUGAAAUAUUACAAGUACAAGUGAUGAGAAAGAAGAAAACACCCAAUGGUACCUUCAAUUGCUGGGAGCCAUUGGAAAAGAUACCCGCUGAGACGCCACGAACACUUUUGACACAUUUCUUUGAUAUAACUACACCACCCCAGCAAGAUCUGUUGAAUUUGUUGGCUGAUUUCUGUGAUGAUAACUAUGACACCGAACGCUUGCAAAAGCUCGGCACCGAUGCUGCAGCAUAUGAAGAGUGGCGUCAAUUGCAUGCACCCACAUUACUGACCGUUUUGGAGCAAUUCCGUUCAUGCAAGCCCCCCGCUGGUUUACUCUUCGGUAACCUCAUGCCAUUACAAUCACGUUUCUACUCAAUUUCCUCGUCCCCACGCAAGGUCAUUAAUGAGAUACAUUUGACCGUGGCCAUUGUAAAAUAUAAAAAUCAACGCGGCAAUGAACGUUUCGGCGUCUGCUCCAAUUACUUAGCUAACAUGGAGGCGCAAGAACCGCUCUACUUCUUCGUAAGAAGCGCUCCCGGCUUCCACUUGCCGAAGGAUACAUCAGAACCAAUGGCACUUAUCGGACCUGGAACUGGAAUUGCGCCAUUCCGUUCAUUCUGGCAAGAGUUGGAAGUUUGGCGCGAAUUGAAAAUGCAACGCUCGAAGGUAUGGCUCUUCUUUGGUUGUCGCACACGUGAUAUGGACUUAUAUGCUGAGGAAAAGGCUUGGCUGGAACGUGAGAAGAUCUUGGAUCGAGUAUUCCUGGCAUUGUCACGUGAUCCAGAAACACCAAAAACCUAUGUUCAACAGCUGAUUGAAAAAGAAUUUGACUCCUUCUAUCAACUGAUUGUCAAAGAGAAGGGACAUAUUUAUGUUUGCGGUGAUGUUACAAUGGCCGAGGACGUCUAUCAGACAAUUAGGAACUGCAUCGCCAUAAAAGAACAAAAAACAGAAGCGGAAGUAGAAGCGUUCUUGCUGACAUUGCGGCACGAGAACCGUUACCAUGAAGAUAUAUUUGGCAUCACGUCACACGCUGGCGAAGCGCGCAAUAAAUCAACACUUCGACGCGGUUCACGAACAUUAAAUGCAUUAUAAAGCCUUUCGACUUUCUAAAAAUAGAGGUAGUGCCGGUCACGCUGCUAUAUAUAAAUUAUAUUAUUUUAUAUUUCCAGUUUUCAACUUAUGUAAUAGAAAAUUAUAACAAAUAUUUAAUCUUAAUUUAUAAAGAACUUUUUCCCUCUUCGACAAAUUUAAUUUAUCUAACCUUCUUUGAUAACAAAUUUAUUAUAUUAUUAUUUAAAUAUAUCACAUAUAUUUUUCCAAAACUGUUUUCAAGCAUAAUUCAAUGUAAAUAUGUCAGAAAUUUUGCUAUAAUUUAACUUAAUUUGUAUAAAUCUGUCAAAAAACUGUACAUACGUAUAUCCAAAGAUAAUCCCAUGUAAUAAUUUUUAGUAUUAAUCUACUCCCUAAUUCACAAAAAAUUAAAUUAAAUAAAGUAUACACGCUUAUAUAAACUACUAAAACCAAAA